ACCUACACAAACAGGGCAGGGCAGGGCUGCCAUGGAUAUCCAAGUCCAACACUAGAGCCGAUGCUGCUGGCAUCACCUUUUUAGGCAGAUCGCGCAGACUUUUUCUCCCCAGUCCCCACUGCACCGCACCGUCGUUUGACGCGAGCACCCGUGUCACCAUCCCCCGCCGCACGCGCACCAUUACACUAGAGCGAGUAGCAAAUAGCACGCCGCACCGCCGCCCCACCGCGACCCGUCACUCCGCACUCGUGGUGGAGUGGAGAGCGUGGCUGGCGGCGGGCCUGCCUCUUCCUCUUCCUAGCUAGCGGCACUAGUAGGAGUAGCCGGUAAACCCGCACCUAAACCGCAGUCUCCCAUCGCCACACCCCGCGGCACGGCACGGGCACGGCACAGAUCCGUCCACCACCACCCACACUCCCCCGCCGGGUCUCGCGCGGCGGCCAAAGCAAGCGAGCGAGCGAGCCUUUCCGGGCUGCCUACGCCUCGGGGCGGAUGCGCGCGGAUCGCGUCAUGGCGGAGGGGGCCAAGCGGAUCGACCUGGCCGCGCCGCUGCGCUCGGCGCGCCUGCCAUACCACAAGGCCGACCUCAACUCCGGCCCCGUCCGCCACCCCGGCGCCGUGCCCUUCGUCUGGGAGCAGAGCCCCGGCCAGCCCAAGAGCGUCCGCACCCGCCGCCCGCCUCCGUCCUCGCCCUCGCAGCCGCGCCCGGAGGACAACGGCGCCAACCCUUACCAUGACGCCCUGGGCGAGUGCGAGCGCGAUCGCGCACUGCCAAACGGCGCCGCCCCCGCCCCCGCCGCCGUGCCCCGAACUGGUGCCGCGGAGCGUGAGGCGGAGAGGGCGGAGGUCGAGCCGAGGAAGGAAGCCACGACGCCGGACGUGCUGUCCGUGGCCGAUGUGCUGCGGAAGGAGGAGGAGGACGUCGGCGAUGACGACGAGAGGUUCUCGGACGCGCUGGACACGCUCUCCCGCACAGAGUCCUUCACCGUGAACUGCAGUGUCAGCGGUCUCAGCGGCGUGCCGGACCGCCCCGCGGGCGCGGCCGCCACCAGCGCCGAGCCCGGCGCGCGCGGCUUCAUGAUGGACCGCUUCCUGCCGGCCGCGCAGGCGGUGGCCGUGGGCUCCCCGCAGUACACCUUCCGCAAGGCCAGUGUAGCUGGCUCCACCGGCAACUCUGCCCGCGAGCAUGCACAUGCCGCUGCGGCCAAUUGGAGGAUGGGCAGCGAUGAUGAUCGCGUCAGGAGAACGCCUGUGCAGCUCCCUUACCAGCAUCUGCCUCCCAAUUAUUUGUCUUGCAACUAUCCCAGACGCGAUGAUCAUGAAGAGGAGGAGGAGGAAGAGGAUGACGAUGACUUCGACGUACAUAGUACCCGAGGUUUUGCAUCCAAGGGGUGUGGUUUGCUCCCUGGUCUGUGUGUCAAAACCUCCUUGUUGCUACUGAAUCCAAUGCCUAUAAUGAAGGGUGGCAAGGCGCGUCAGGGAGGGAGAGGCAGGGGAUUGGCAUCCAAAGGCAGGGGCCAGAAGGCACCGAGCCCUCUUGCCCGGAGCUCACAACGCAAGAAUCUUGGCUGUGAUUCUAAUGGGCAAUACUGGGAGGAAGUUUAUAAGCACAAGUUGGAACAGAAGUACAUUAACCAAGGAGAGGAUAGGAGGAGCAAGCUGACAAGUGAGUCGAACCAUCUGACAUUCUGGAGUGACUCUCAAACUGGCGAUGGGUCUUCACCAUUCCGCCACUCCAUAGGUGGUGGCAUGUCUCCCUACCGCCGCGACGUUGCCUUGUCACCAUCACGUAAAGCGAAUGGGUCACUUGAAGUAAGAGAUAAAGAUGAGAAAAUGAGUAGAAGCAAUGGCUCUAGCUCACUUGGAAUAGACCAUGAUCAUGGCUCGUUGCUUGGAUCAGAUCACAGUAGUUUGAAGGGAUCAAGCUCCAUGAGCUCAGGGGUCGAUAGAACAUUGCAUGAAGAUUCAAUGGAUCACCGUUCAGGUAUUGAUUCAGAAGCUAGUCAGUUGACCCUGCCAUUGGAUCCAAAGGCAUCUUUGAAUUCAGGGUGUGAUGUUCAACAUGGAGGACACCAGAUAGUCAGAAGUAACAGCAUAGUGGAAGUUCAAGACAAUGAUAUGUUGACAAAAACAAUCGCCAAAGUGCCAGAAUCCAUUUCAUUAAUACCUUCUGGAAACGCAGGAUCAGUAAAACUAGAUGAUAGAAAAACUCAUGAUAGUAGUCAGGAUGUUCCAGUACAUUCGGAAGAUAAUAUCGCCGUCAAGAAGGAAAGUAUGCCUUUGCAAUUUCUAAUGCCGUUACCUGUCCCAAAGUCGCCUUCAGAUUCUUGGCUUUCUCGCAAUUUGCCAUCUGUGAAGAAUAAACCACCUGCACCAUCUUUUCUUGGAAUCCAAGUACAGUCGAAGAAACAAGCUCCCUGGGCCUCCACACAUCCAAAGGAGAAUGAUCUUAAACCUCCCAGGACACGCCAAAUAAGAUUUGCAGAUGUGGUGGAGAGGCCUUAUUAUCUGGAUACUGAGAUAUGAUAUGUAUAUAUUCAUGAUAUGAUUCCUGGGGGGGGACAUCAGUCCUAUAUCUGUGACUGCCAGCGCCCAAUGGUUAGGCAUAGAGGUGCCCUGUUUUGCUGUUGUAGUGAUCGCUGGGUACCACUUACCAGCGAUCCAGCAUGUUGGUAAAUUCGAUGCGCAUGCCUGUUUGCAUACUAUUUGCUUUAUGUUGCCCAAGGUAUGUUGGUAGUGGUUUAGCUCUGUUGCAAAUCGUAUUUCUAUACAGGAUUGCUUCUGUUUGCUUCAUCUUACUGUCCAUAAAAUAUGUAAUACUGUUUACUCUGUAAAAACGUUGAGUUGAUCUUCAGUUGUAUCAUAGGAUGCAAUUCCAAUAUAAGUCAGCCUUUUGUUCCCAAGA